AAUGCAUUUUUGCAAUAUCUCCAGAAGUGAAGUAUAUUCAUUCUCCAGUUCAUGAUGCAAUGAAUGACACAGUUGGGAAAUGUCGUUACAUAUAUAAUAAAGAUGCUCAUCAUCGUUUAUUACCAGCCUUUAUAUUUGAAGAAUUUAAUUUUAGUUCUUCUAUAAUCACCCUCAAAGGUACCACCUCUGAUGGACAUUAUACUGAUCCUAGUAUUGACUUUUUUGCCCUGAAAGAUGAAGAUGUAGAAAUAGAAGUAGAGUUAAAUAUGAAUUCUGAUUAUUUCCGGUUGAGGAUAGAUUUGGUUGACAGCUCUUGUAGUGGUGGUUAUGUAAUGAAUGAUCCGAAUCCUCUUGUAUUGAAGUCUCCUUCCGCACUACUUAAUAAUGGCAGUUUUGGUUCAGAAUGUCGUUGGUUGGUUAAAUAUUCUAGCAGUAGUCAAAUUUUAGGUCUUGUUUUUAACAGUCUUCAUUUUGAUAGUGUUUUUGACAUACUGGCUGUAAAUGAUGGACCAAGUGUGAAGUCACCACCUUUAUUGCAAGUUACGACUUCAAACCAUAAUAAUACAAUGAGACAAUCCAUAAGAAGCGCUGGUCAGUAUCUGUGGAUAGCAUUUAAGCCUUUUGAUUUUAAUUCAGGAGUAUCUUUUAAUGUAACAGUGCAUGGUCAAGGUGGUUAUCAUUAUGGGAAUGGAACUAUUUCUAUGAAACCUACUGAUGGAAAUGAUACUAUUUUUUUGCUAGAAGUCGAUGAUAAUCAACUUGUUCUUCUAAAUUUUACUUCAUCCACUUUCAACCAUCCUGCAACUUUAAGUAUCUAUAAUGGUUUUGAUACAUCAGAUUUAUUAACUACUCUUCGUGGAAAUGUUUGGUAUCCAAUUGUGUCAAAAGGUCCAAGAAUGAUGGUAAUAGCUACACAUUUUGAAAGUGGUGCUUUUUCAGCUGAAUUUAAAGGUGUAACUUGCGGUUGCCUUCAAAUGAGCACACUUUCAACUGAAAGCUAUAUAUUAACUGGAAAUUGCAAUAGUACUUGUGUAUGGGUUAUUCCACCACAAAAUGUUUUUAAUUUGGAUCUUUUGAUGAAUCUUCAGUAUGUGUCUUUAGAACAAGGAGAUGAUGUACAGAUUUUACGCUUAGAUGCUGCCAAAACUGUACUUGGUGCAGUUACUCCUAAUAUGUCUUUUGUGCCACGUCUGAUUGUUGAUUCUCAGAUCGGAGCUUUAGUUAAAAUAACACGAGGAAUUUGCAAAAAGACAGAUGACAUUGUGUUGAUAGGGCAUUCAACUUAUAUCCCAGCCUGCAGGAAGACAAUGUCUCCAAAUGUAUCAGAACUGUUUCAAGUCACUUCUCCUUUGUACCCAGACACAUAUCCUGUUCGUGCAAAUUGCAGAUGGGUUAUUUCCACUUCAGAGACCAACUUAGUGCAUAUUGCUUUCGAUAAAUUUAAAUUAAAACCUAAUCAUUGUGUUACAGUACAAGAUUCUGGAAAUAAAACAAUUUCUUUUGAAGGAAAUGAUUUACCAGAUGAUAUCUUUGUAAAGGGUGGAACAGUUAUAGAGUUUAAUUCAAAUAACUGCAAGAAAUCAGAGACUGGAUUAACACUGAGUACCAGUGAAGGCUUUUUAUUAAAUGGCACAGUUGCUGAUUGUGGACGUGUACUACAGAAUUCUAGUGGUGAAUUCCAUACUGACAUAUCUGGCAGCAAUAAAACAUUGUGCAUAUGGAAAGUGAGCGUUCCUCCUACUAGUGGGGCAGAUGUAAAUGUGAUUUCAUACACUUUGACUAAGAAAGAUGAUAAAAAAAAUUAUGAACUAAGUGUUUUUGAUGGUGCGUCUGUGAGGGAUUCUCGGAUUGUAAAUAAUACUAAUUCUGAAAUCUGGAGUCGAUCUAAUACUCUGAUUUUCAUGUACAAACGCAUCAAUGUUAGUCAAGAAUCUUCACUGUUAGUUAUCAAGUAUAAUAUGAUAAGUUGUAAUUCUGCAAUGCAGUGUAACAAUAAAGUAUGUAUGCAUCCUGAUUGGCGAUGCAAUGGUGUUAACGACUGCGGAGAUUAUUCAGAUGAAACAAACUGUGGAUCUGUACCCAUACCACCAGAGUUAAAAGAGACUGGUUAUAAUGCAGUGUCUUUUUGGGUGACUGCAUUUGCUAUGCUCAUACUUGGAGGUAUCCUUGUCAUUGUUGUGCCCUUUUUAUAUCAGAAAUACAAAAAUGGGCAGUACAGAAGAUUUGGUGAUAUUUCUGUCAUAGAAUAGAGUAUAGUUUUGCAUUUAUGUUUUUUGGAUAUUUAUCGAGGUGAUAAGAUAUUUAAAAAUUAUGUUCUUGGAACUAUUUUUUUAAUUGUUUGCAUUCCGUAAAUUCUUUGCAAACUGCAUUUGUCAUAUGUGUUUAUUGUUUAAAUUGUGAAUUGGAUAAAGACUGCAUAUUUAGUGCAUUUAUGUAGUUUUACCAGAUAUUCCUAUUUUAUUUUUCUUUUAAUAAUGCAAAUAAGAUCUUUAGUAAUACUGUUUAAAUAAGAUUUCAAAUCAUCAAAGGUGCAUAAACCUUAUCAAAUAACUAGUUUUUAAUUAUUAUUUUUGUGAAUGUUAGCUAUGUUGUAUUUAUCAUAAUUUGCUAUUUGUUCUCUUUAUUCUUUAAUAUAAAAUUAUAGUAUUAAAAUCAUUGUAUAUCAGAUAUUUAAAUCACAAUGCAGUGUAUUUAUUAGGCUAUUAUGCUGGAGUUUCUGAUAUUUUAAAUUUCCUUUUAACAAUCCCCUCAAGCAAUUAUGACUGAAAAAUGAGAUUUGAAAUUUAAAAAAAUUAAAGUGCCUUAACUGCUAGAUAGUUUUUUUUUUUUUUUUUAUCUUGGAAUUUUAUUAUGUUGGAAUUGUAAAUAAGUGAAAUUUAUGUAAAUUUUGUUUUAUACACAAAUAAUUUGAUUUAAUGGAAAAUGAUUAGCUUUGAUAUUUGUAUAAAAAUACACAUAAACUAGUGCAAUCAAUACUUCUAGGAAAUUUGUAUUAAUAUGAUAGGAAGGUGUUACAAAUUUCAAGAUCUAACAAUUUUUACAGAAUGAAAAUUUUGUUUAGUUAUUGUUGCUGAAAUUCUGUUGUAUCAUGUGUUAAAUAAAAUUUUCUUUGUCCUCAAGCAUUUCGAUUUUGCUGAAGACUAGAUUUAAUCUAUGUACAUAUUACUGAAAUAAAAAAUUUGAAAAUGUUA